AGAGGGAGCGAAACGAUCAAACGAAUGUGACGCCUUUCUUCUUCUCCGCGCUCACUCUAGGGUUUCUUCAUCGCGAUCCCAGGAAUUGUCGGCUCACAGAACCUCCACCCGUGUCUCUUCGUCGGAGGUUUGCGAUGGAGGCUGCUUCAGAGAUGGAGAACCACUUGUCGUCAGCUUCAGCUUUUGUUGAAGGAGGCAUCCAGGAUGCCUGUGAUGAUGCUUGCAGCAUCUGUUUAGAAUCCUUUUGCAGUGAUCCUUCCACUGUUACUGGUUGCAAGCAUGAGUUCCAUCUACAAUGCAUUCUUGAAUGGUGCCAGAGAAGCUCUCAUUGCCCUAUGUGUUGGCAGACUGUUAGUUUGAAAGAUCCAGCCAGCCAAGAACUACUAGAGGCUGUAGAGCACGAAAGGAGCACUAGACAUAACCGCGCACAAACAACUACCAUUUUUCAUCAUCCUGCUUUUGGUGAUUCGGAUUUGCAGCAUCUGCCAGUUGUUGGAAGUGAUGCUGAACUUGAAGAGCGCAUUUUUCAGCACUUAGCUGCUGCUGUUGCCAUGGGAAGAGCACAUCACAUUGCCACAAGCGAGGGACGAGUUGGAUCAGGAUCUCACAACCGGUCACAAUAUUCAGUGUUCUCUACGAAUUCAAAUGCCUCAUCUGUGGUCUCUGCACCUGCUGUUUCUGCUUUAGGAAGGGAAAAUGAAUCAGUUCAUGUGAUAAUGGAUGCUGAUCCAUCACCUCCAACACCUAGUCCAGGAAGUGUACCUGCUGAAGCAGCCAAUGGUUUCACAGCUCAGGCUACCCAGUUUCCUUUACUGACAUCAGGAACCAAUAGUCUUUCAAAUCCCAGGACACCCAUCGGGCAUUCUUCUCCGUUUAGUCGAGAAAGACCAGGGCCCUCCGAGUCGCAGCCCGUUUCAGAAAAUCUGAAAUCUCGCUGGAAUGCUGUUUCGAUGAGAUACAAGGAAUCUAUAGUUAAGAAUACUCGAGGAUGGAGGGAGCGGCUACUUUCACGUAGUGGUUCCAUGGCAGAUAUUGGUUCUGGAGUCAGAAGAGAAGUGCGUGCUGGAAUUGCCACCGUAACACGAAUGAUGGAGCGGUUGGACACAAGAGAAGGAAGAACAUCGAGUACUUCUGCUCCACCAAGCGCUGAAGUAGAUGCAGUCAUGGAACCGAGCAAUGCGGAUAAUGUGGAUCUUAAUGCCAAUCGAGUUGGCACUCAUGGGAACACUAGCAGUUCAUCAACUCAUUGGGUAGCAACUUCAGGUCCCAAGUAGUCUGCAUUCCAUUUGCUAACUCUCCAAGCUUGCUCUGGCCGAAAGGUACAUACAUGUAAGCUUGGUUCGUCAUUUGCAUCGCUUAUCGGUUUAGACAAAAUAAAUCCACAAAUAACCACAAGGUCAUUUAUGCCCAAGUUUUCAAUGUUGUGUCCUGUUCUUUUGCUUAAAAUAAAAAGGAAACAUAGAGAAUCUCCUUUCCAUGUAUGGAUGGUGAUACUGUAUUUUGUAUCAAAACUCAAUGUCUUUAAUUUGGCGAUAGAACUCGCAAUAAACAGAUAACAGAAAGCAUGGAAAGCUUUGGCUGCAAA